AUGGCUCGCAAACAAAAGCCAGCCACACGAGACCCGUCUAAACUAACGGGGAAACCUCUCAGUGAAACCGUAGUCCCGUCGCAAAUCUACGGUCCUGAGAAUGGACCACCCAGCAGUUCCCCCCAAAAUGCAGAGAACAAAUAUACCCAAGGCUGGCUCACAUCGCCAGAUCUGUACGAAACAGACCUCUCGUUUCCACCAGUUGCCAUGGAACGAUUGUCCAAUUUCUUGCUGGCGAAUCCAAACAUGAAUGCGUCGCAUUUGUUCCGUGCGGAUAUUUUGUUUGAUAGCUCGGGGGAGCUGAAGACUCCGCAGGAAAAGGAGAGGCUGUUGGCGUUGAAAUCUGGUACUCUGGGUGAUGAAAAUGAAGGCAGUCAUGAAGAAGAUCAGAGUAAUACAAAAGAGCCUACGCAGCAGCAGCCGCAGCAAGUAGAAACGAGGAUCCCGGCGGUUGAAAUCGAGGGUCUGGAAUUGAGCAAAACUGUGGUCCUAACAUUGAUACCCCGGAAUCUGAAUCUGGACAAGCCGCUGGACCAGACCUGUCAUUUUUACAAAGGUACAAUGGUAUCUUCUACGUCAGGAAAAACGGUGGAAAGAUUUCUGUGUAUCCGUUUCCCGCACAUUGACUCUGUCGAGGAUAUACCGUUUUACCAUCCCCGGAUUCGAGGAUUCGCUUUUAUGUAUGAUUUUGAAAAAGAAGAGUCGUACGAAGAAGAACACACAAAUCCGGGCAAAGGCACGCUGUCUCUGCACAUACUCCCAUUCCCGGCUUCGGAAGGCUUCGAUCCUUUCCCAGCAAGACUGGAACGAACACUGCAAGCUCUCUUGAGCACGCAAACCCGUCUAGCCCGAAACACAAAGCCCAUGUCAUCAGCAUCAUCUCAGUCCGGCUCAGCGGACCCAGGCAAGGAACAAGUAGACGACAGCUACAAUCCGUUCCAAGACAACCUGAUCCCCCGCCAUCUCAUACAAAACACAUAUACCCGCCUUAAACUGACAUAUGCGCAAGAUCUGUGUCGGGACUGGGUCGAGACUACAGAGCCCUCAAAGCAUGUCUUUGAAGACUUGUCUAUUACUGCCUUUCUGAUCGAGCUGUGGCGGAACAUGUAUGGAGUGGCACCCAAGGCUGAGCAGAAAGAAGGCGAAAAAGACGAAAAAAAGUUGUUCCCCGGGUUCGUCGACGUCGCCUGCGGAAACGGUGUGCUUGUUUAUAUCCUCCUGAUGGAAGGCUACAAGGGCUGGGGCUUUGAUGCACGCCAGCGCAAAACCUGGUCGAUUUUUCCGGAUUGGGUGCGGCAGAAUCUGCAGGAAUCACUGUAUAUUCCCAAACCAUUUGCUGUAGCCCGUUCUCAAGGAGAGGACGGUAUUAGCGAGCUUACAAGCAAUGGAAUCGCAUACCACACGGGUGAAUUCCCAAGGGACACGUUUAUCAUCUCCAACCACGCCGACGAACUCACCGUCUGGACGCCACUGAUGGCCGCUUCAGCGUGCCCGGAAGCUCCGCUGCCGUUUGUAUCUAUUCCAUGCUGCUCGCACUCGCUGUCUGGCGCGAGGUUUCGGUAUCCGCCGCCAAAGAAGCAGAAAAGCAAACCUACCAAGGACGACGAUGAAGAAAAAGAAGAAGAGCAACCCGCAACAGGAGACCUCAAAGCCCUCCGCAAGGCCAAAAUAGCUGCUAGCACUGCCCAGCCUAGCGCUGACCUUGAGUCUACAGCGGUCUUGAACUCCAUGUACGGCUCGCUGACGGCAAAGACCCAGAGUAUCGCCGCCGAGCUCGGGUACGACGUUGACAAGACGCUGCUUCGCAUCCCGAGUACGAGAAACAUGGGUGUGGUUGGAGGCAUAAAGUCGGCGGUGCAGAAACGGAUGAAUCGACGGAAUGUGACAGAAGCUAAUCAGGAUGUAGAAGAAUUGAUCGCAGAGAUUGUUCGAAGAGAGUGCGCCAGAGAAGGAGGCAUUGACGCCGCGGCGAAGAUCUGGAUACAGAGGGCCAUGGGUUUGCAAAAGGGCAAGAAAAGCGGUGGUGGUGGACAUAUCAUAGAUCAUAGUUCUAACCUGGACUCAAAAUUACAUGAAGACAGCUCGUGCUGA